UUAUCCAUUGUGUUGACUAGUUCAAUAGUCACUUAGUCAGUCAACCCAUGCACCCAGAUCAUCUCAAUCUUUAGAUCUAAGGAUCUUUUCUUCAUUUCUACAGAUUAAUCCAUAUCAUAUCUCUAAGAAGCAUGGACCAUUCCACAGCUCUUAUAUUUCUCCUUACUGUAUUGGGUAUUGUUUUUUAUUAUUUACAGAAACAACACGAGGAAGACAACGGUGAGCAGAAAAACUCGUCCCUGUCAUCAUCAUCUGAUCAACAAUCCCUACACGAAGAACAGCAUGUUAAGAAAAAAGAUUCAUCCACAUCAGCGUCAUCGGAUAAACUAUGUCGAAAGUUUUCACUUGCUGAAAUCAAAUUGGCCACCAAUGAUUUUGAUGAUGCGUUUGUAAUCGGAAAGGGCGGGUUCGGGAAGGUAUACAAAGGUAAGAUUGACUUUGGGGAAGAAGGAAUUGAUGUUGCUAUUAAGAGGUUGAAUCUUGACUCCAAUCAAGGAGUAACCGAGUUCAAGGCAGAGAUUGAAAUGCUUUCCAAGUUUCACCAUAGUCAUAUCGUCUCUCUUUUAGGAUACCAUGAAGGAUCUGAUAAAAGAGAAAUGAUCAUUGUUUAUGAAUACAUGCCUAAUGGAAGUCUUGAGGAUCAUUUGCACAAAAGAAAAGUUAGCGGAAGUAAUUCCUCUCUUCUGACAUGGAUCCAAAGGCUCCAAAUCUGCAUAGGUGCUGCUCGUGGUUUGGACUACCUUCAUUCAGGUACAAGUUUGCAAUCUACAGUCAUACACCGUGACAUCAAAAGCUCAAACAUCUUGUUGGACGAGAAUUUAGCAGCUAAAGUUUCCGACUUUGGGUUGUCCAGGAUUGGUCCAGCAAAUCUGGUGGGGACCACUAAUGUUUAUACUGAUCAGAUCAAAGGCACAUUUGGGUACAUGGAUGCUGAGUAUUUUUCAACUCGUAGACUGACACGAAAGUCUGAUGUGUAUGCAUUUGGUGUGGUGUUAUUGGAAGUGUUAUGUGGUAGGCCUGCUCUGGACUUUACAUUAGAUGAGCAGCAACAUAGUCUAGCUGUAUGGGCUAAAAGCUGCAUCAAAGAAGGUAAGAUUGAUCAAAUAAUUGAUCCCUGUUUGAGGGGGCAAACCACACCUAAUUGCUUGCAGGAAUUUGGGCAAAUUGCAUAUGAGUGUGUUCUUGCUCGUUCAAAGGAUCGACCCACAAUGACUAAAGUGUUAGCUAGGCUAGAAUUUGUGUUGGCUUCUGCAUUACAAAAACAUGGUGGAGUGACAAUUGCUGAAAAGAUGUGGUCGAUAUUCUCUAUUAAAACUCCAGCGGUGCAUGCUAAAAAUUACAGAAAUAGACGAAAGUGGAGCAAUGACAAGAAAAGUAAAACGGUCAUACCAGACAAAACAGCUACAACAGUGGCAGAAGGGAGCAGUGAAGGUAAAGAUAACAGUAUCAUUUUAGUAGAUCCCACUCAAGCAGCAGCAGAGGGAAACAAUGACAACAUAAUGGAAGAGCCCAUUGUGACAGCAGAAGAAGAGAGCAGUGACUGUAUCACCACCACCACUGUAGAAUGUCAAGGUGUUGCUAUAAAAUCGAACGCACAGCCAUUAAGUUGUCAAAUGGGGACACACAAGUUAAAGAUAUUCACAUUUGAUGAGUUGCGAAGAGCCACCAGAAACUUCCGUCCAUCAGCCAUGCUAGGAAUUACAGAUGGUGAGUCGAUCUAUAAAGGGUGGAUGGAUAGGGAUUCAUACACACCAUCAGUAGCUGGAGUAAGGAUAGCUGUCACGAUCAAGAUCAUAAACAAAGAUAUUCAAAGGCUCAAAGAGGGACAGGCAGAAGUGGAAUAUCAGGGAAUGUUCAGUCAUCCCAAUCUUGUUAAACUCUUAGGAUAUUGUUCAGAAGGUGGAAGGCUUUUUCUUGUACAUGAAUACAUACCUAAGAGAAACUUCUUGGACAUUAUUCGCCAAGGCGAAAAACCGCUUACAUGGGAGACGAGGAUCAAAAUAGCCACAGGAGCAGCUCAAGGCCUUGCUUUUUUGCACACUACAAAGAAUAAUGUCAUUUUCAGGGAUUUGAAAUCAUCAAAUAUUUUGUUAGACUGGGAAUUUAAUGCGAAGCUCUCAGAUCUUGGACUGGCAAAAUUAGGUCCUGUCAAUGGAGAGUCUCAUGUCUCAACACGUGUAAUAGGCACCUACGGUUAUGCGGCUCCUGAGUAUAUAGCCACCGGUCAUUUAUAUGUGAAGAGCGAAGUUUAUAAUUUUGGAGUGGUGAUGCUAGAGAUAAUUACAGGGUUACGUGUACUUGAUGUUAAUCGGCCUUACUCACAACAUAAUUUGGUGGAUUGGGCUACACCUUUUUUAAGAAGUAUAAAAAAACUAAGAAAAAUCAUGGAUCCACGGUUGGAACAAGUUUAUCCAUCAAAAGGCGCAAUGAAAGUAGCGGAACUCAUCCUAAAUUGUCUUGAAGAAGAGCCAAUUCAUCGGCCUUCAAUGGAGGAAGUGGUCGCACGUUUAGAAAAGAUCAACACAAUUAAAAUAUAAACUGUAUAUGGAAGUUGAAUGAUAAUACAUGGCAUGGAUAGACUAAUCACCCAUCCGAAUGAUAAUAGAGGUUUCACACUUUAUGUUUUGGUUAUAUAUAGGAUCAAUUUAUAGUAAAAGUGGUCGGCCUUUUCCUUUUUCUGAUUGCAGAUUGUUAUGUAAUCAAUUUCAAUUCAUAUGUUUUUGUUAUUAUGAAAUGUGUAAAGACGUUUACACAUGAGAAAGAAGAUGAUACAUAACCUGUAACAGGUGUGUGAGUGUGUAUUAGUAGCAGCAUACUUCAUUUUUUGUCCA